CAGGCAUGGCCAGUCGUUCGACGUCCACACGGCAUACUUCACGAUCUACAGUCGUCGGCUGACUAAUACAGUGUUAUGUUGCUUCGAGUUGUGAUGGGUGUUAGACGAUGAUCGCUUUUUUCAGUCACCGUUCCGACAAUUAUUUAGUCUUCAAGUAGUUGACAUUCAAGUAUGUCCUUUGAGCCGUCCGGGCUAAUAUUGAACGAUAACUGGAUUACAGUCGGCUGUUAAAUUGUUGUGAUGCCGGCACAGGCAAUCAGUCACGGUAAUAACAAAACGGUAUUGCAAAUCAUGAAUGCCGAACCGUCCGCUCCAAAUAAUCCUAAUAAUUCUCAACAACAUCUCAUGAACGAUGAAGCCAAUAGCCGGACUAUUACUGGCAAACAAAAAAUUACCGUUAUAAUAUUAUGUUUCGUCAAUCUUAUCAACUACAUGGACCGGUAUACCAUUGCAGGUAUACUAAGCGAUAUUCAAAAGUAUUUCAAUAUUGGUGACGAUCAAGGUGGAUUAUUACAAACAGUAUUUGUUAUAAGUUACAUGAUAUUUGCCCCAGCGUUUGGUUAUUUGGGCGAUAGAUAUAAUCGAAGGCUAUUAAUGGCAUUUGGCGUUUUCUUGUGGUCAAUAACCACAUUAGUUGGUUCUUAUAUGGAUGGCUACUACCAAUUUUUAUUUUUCCGAAGUCUAGUCGGUAUUGGUGAAGCUAGUUAUUCAACAAUCGCACCUACAAUAAUAAGUGACAUGUUUGUAAAAGACUUGCGUUCCAAAAUGUUGGCCCUUUUCUAUUUUGCUAUUCCGGUUGGAAGUGGUUUGGGGUACAUUAUUGGUUCAGAAACAGCAAAAGCUCUUGGCAGUUGGCAUUGGGGAUUGCGGGUUACUCCCCUUCUAGGUAUGAUCGCUGUUGUAAUGAUUUUAUUUGCUAUGGAAGAGCCUGAACGUGGACAAAGUGAAGGUUACGCUCACACGACGUCAACAACAUCGUGGUCCGAGGAUAUAAAAUUACUAACAAAAAACAAAAGUUUUAUGUUGUCCACUUGUGGAUUUACUUGUGUGGCCUUUGUCACGGGCUCAUUAGCUUGGUGGGGUCCGACAAUAAUGUUUUUAGGACUGAAACUACAAUCGGGCCAUAAUGAAGUCGAUUUAAACAGUGUAUCAUUAAAGUUUGGAAUCAUAGCCAUGUUAGCUGGCCUUAUUGGUGUGCCAUUAGGUUCUUAUUUAUCUCAACGUCUCAAAGUGUCUUACCCAAAAGCAGACCCGUUAAUUUGUGCUGGAGGUCUUCUCGUAUCGGCUCCUCUUUUAUUUUUGGGCUUAGCAUUAGCAGAUAGAUAUUAUCUGCCUGUACUAUUUUUAAUAUUUUUUGGCCAAGUAUCAAUUAAUCUGAAUUGGUCAAUUGUCGCUGAUAUAUUACUUUAUGUAGUAAGUCCUAUAAGGCGUUCUACUGCAGAAGCUUUUCAAAUAUUGAUAUCGCAUGCAUUUGGCGAUGCAGGAAGCCCAUAUCUCAUUGGAGUGAUUUCGGAAAUGCUGAAAAAGUUGUUAACAAAAGGAGCCAUACCAGUUGUUCUGUCGUCGGUGGUUUUAGUUAGCAAUAACUUAAAUGACAAUAAAACGUUAGAAGAUGACCGAAUUGUUUUUCGCAGUCUACAAUAUGCAUUGUUUAUAACGAGUUUUAUUGAAAUACUUGGAGGGCUGUUUUUCUUUUUCACCGCAUAUUAUGUAAUAGAAGAUAAAGAAUUAGCAGAAUCAGAAACUCCAGGUUGGCCUAACUACACUCCUAUUGUUAACUAAUAGUUUAGCUGAAUUUUUUUUUUUGAGAUGUUUUGCAACAAACAUUACUAAUUUCGUAUUAUUAUUUAUUUGUUUUGAUUUAAACUUUUUUUUUCUUAAUUUAAUUUAUUGAUUUUUACUCAAUUUAGAAAAUCAUUUUUGUUAUUGUGUUCUUGUAAUUUUAUCAUGGAUUAUUGGUUUUUUUACUUUAACUGCUUGGGGUUUUCAAUGGACCUCCAUCUACGCCUAUUGUUUUUUCUCUUUACAUUUUAAACUUAUUCUACUGUAACUGAGGGCUAAAUAAUUGAAUUACUUAUUUGAGUAUAUGUCAUGUGUGAUAGUGUUUGUAAUUUAUGUAAUAUAUGUUGUACUGUGAUAUAUUAGUAUAA